AUGGAAAGUUCUUCUGUGCCUCUCUACCAACAGGACAACAUGUACCAGAUCUGUGCCACUUCAUGCCAAUACAAUUACCCCAGCUCCGAGGGAUACAGCAGUCUUUCUCCUGCAUCUUCCAUAGACUCCAUCGGCCUAUCUCCUCCAUAUAUUGGUUAUGCAACCUCACAUGAAGCAUAUGGUAACACUCUUAUGCCUUGUUCUCAGCCAACGGACUUGAAAAUGCAACCUAAAAUGCCUUCAGAAAAGAAAACCAAGAAGACAAAAGGAACACUACCAUACAGUCAACGACACAGUGCAAGCGAAAGAGAGAAGAUGAGGAUGAGGAACCUCGCCAAAGCUCUACAGAACCUCCGAAGAUAUCUCCCUCCUUCAGUAGCUCCAAUAGACAAAACCCUAACUAAGAUUGAAACACUUCAGAUGACCAUAUGCUAUAUCUCACAACUUUCUGAACAGCUGGGUCUCAGUGAAGAAGUCCUGGAGCAAAGAAGACAAGAUUCCAUGCAAAGGACAAGAUGUGCCCAAAGUGCUAGUUGCUUUAUGGAUAGGAGUCAUUUACUUUGCUCGGAGCCAGAAAAAGAAAGUAUGUCUACUACAGCAUCAAAAGAGCAUAUACAUCAAGCAAGAAUGCUACAUAAUGAUUCUAGGUGGAAGGAUAUGCAAGCAAGUUGCCUAAUACCAUAUGAAAUGCCUCAGUCCUACACAAGUCCAGUCAGCCCAGCACAGACCCAUUAUUCAGCAACCAGUACACCAUUGCCUCAGCCAACCAAUGACUACUAUCUCACAAGCCAACAAAUGGUUGCCUGUGGAGAAUACUCACACUUGGUGGACAUGUGGAGGACAGAAUCAUCUCACAUCUAAACAUGCAGACAAGACUCAACUGCUUAUCAAAGACAAUGCAACUAAAUUAUUGGGUUUACAUUAUGUAUAUACAUAUAGUCUUCAUUCAUCAUAUGGAAUCCUAUCCAGUUUGAA